AUGGAUUUUCCCCACCUCGAUCAAAAGGCGGCACCAAUCCGAUUCCCGGACUGUUGUCUCGCUCUAUCAACAAAACUACUUCAGAUCUUAUCCGAUAUUUUUUCCAAAACUACAAGCUCAGAAGACAAGCCAACCGUACUCUCCAUUGGAAGCGGCUCUGGUUUGCUCGAAGCCUUUUUGCAAGAUCAACAAAAUAGCUCUGACUACGGCUAUCCUUCUUUCAACGUGGAGGGUGUGGAAGUUCAGCAGCAGAGUGGGAAAGAUGCUGUCAACAAAUAUCUUCCAGAACCAGCCAUUUAUACCGUUCGUGGUAGCUGGGACGUUGUAUCGAGGUUACAGGACCCGGACGUGACAUCUCUGAUGUUUGUCUAUCCGCGCCAACCAGCCUUGAUUCUUGAAUAUACGAAAGCCAUCGCGCGAAGGGGACUGAACGUGCAGGUCAUUGUUUGGCUGGGCCCAAUGGCUGACUGGGAAGUGUUUGGGUCUUGCUUUGAUGUAGGACAUGAAAUUGGGCGAUUUGCAGUCACCGAGAAAAGGCAAGGAGCGGACGCUGGACUGGAUGACUACGAGAUGAUGGCCGUGAUAAAGAAAAUAAGAUAA